GAGGUUUCUUGCACCUAGAAAUUUGCUAAACAAAAGUGCCAGUUGUUGCUGACAAGAGAAUGAUCUUUUACUACGGAGAUGGUGGUACAAAUACCCUGCACUACAUGUACUUGCUCUUGCUUAUCCCAUUGUUUGUACUGAUUUGUAUCUAUUACUUUCUAAUGAGAAGACGGAGAAGGAGGCUAUUGACGGCCCAGAUGAAUGCCAAUUACUAUGCUGGAGCACCACCACAGGGCUAUACGCCGGGACAACCCCCACCUGGAAUGAACUAUCCAAUGGGACAGUUCUCGCGAGGACAAUUUCAACAGGGACAAUAUCCUAUGGGUCAGUAUCCAGCUGGAACUGGAGAAAAGGGCUUUAACCAAGCUCCACCAGAAUAUUACACUGGUGCCGCCGCCUCGCACGAGUUUCCAGCACCAGCAGGACCACCUCCCGGUGUUUCGAGCCCUCCAGAUGCUGCCCACUUGAGGUGAGUGCACUUCGGACUGGUUUUUGCCUGGAAUAGCAUUUAAUUUGUUAAUAUAUAAGUCCUGCCCCACUUGUAAAAUAUUUAAGCCCAGAUACUUUCGUCUGUGUGUCAUAAGUUCGUCUUAUAAUAAAUGCACUAUAGUCUUCUCUACAAAUUAUAUAAUCUAGAAUACCGAUCAAUCUCCGCAUCAAUUCUUGACACCCACAUCUCUCGUUCCUGUCGAGAUCUCGCCAUUAGAACAAUACUUUGACCUGUAAUCCCCAACUUCGAUACGAUUUUAACGAGAUUCGGGUUCCUAGGCUCGAUGCUCUUAUCAUGUUUAGUUCGCAAACUCCUUUUCCUGCCAAACCAUAGAGUGAAACAUCUCACAGACUCUUCCUCUUGGGACUUCCACCCAUCCACAUAGAUUCUUGGUAAGGCUUUAUAACCAGGAUGCGAAGAAUCAAGGGUUUGGUGACUUUGAACCAAGUCCAGCUCGGUUUGGAAACCUGAAUAAACAUAGCAGUCAGGUAGUGCGAUAGUGAGUUCAUGGUGAAAGUAAGGAACAGUUUUCCAUUCUCCAGUAA